AUGGUUCGUGGUAACAUUAAAGAUUUAGCUAUGAGAUAUUUAAAGGUUGGUGCUAAGAAAGUAUGGCUCGACCCAACUCAAAUGGAAAAAAUUAGAGAAACCAAAACAAGAGAAGGUAUUAGACAAUUAAUUUCAGAAGGUAUUAUAAGAAGAAAGUUUACUCCAGGUGGUUCAUGGAAACCAUCAAGAGGUCCAUUCUUAAACCCAAAAGACUCAGUUUUUAAAUUAAAUAACAAUGUUAAAUCCGAAUAA